GGGGCCAUGGCGGCCCUCCGUAUCGUUUGUCUGCUCCUUUGGGCGGCAUCCUGGCCGCCCGCUUCGGCCUCGGGUGAGGAGUUUUGGCCUGGCCAGUCGGCGGCCGAUAUCUUGUCAGGGGUGGCGUCCCGAAGACGAUACCUUUUGUAUGACGUCAAUCCCCCAGAAGGUUUCAACCUCCGAAGGGAUGUCUAUAUCCGCAUUGCUUCCCUCCUGAAGACUCUACUGAAGACUGAGGAGUGGGUCCUGGUCCUACCUCCAUGGGGUCGCCUCUACCACUGGCAGAGCCCUGACAUCCACCAAGUCCGGAUCCCUUGGUCUGAGUUCUUUGAUCUUCCAAGUCUCAAUAAAAACAUCCCUGUCAUCGAGUAUGAGCAGUUCAUUGCAGAGUCUGGAGGGCCUUUCAUUGACCAGGUCUACGUCCUGCAGAGUUACGCCGAGGGAUGGAAAGAAGGGAGCUGGGAGGAGAAGAUCGAUGAGCGGCCGUGCAUCGACCAGCUCCUCUAUUCCCAGGACAAGCAUGAGUACUACAGAGGAUGGUUUUGGGGCUAUGAGGAGACAAGAGGUUUGAAUGUGUCCUGUCUGUCUGUCCAGGGAUCAGCAUCCAUCAUUGCACCAGUUCUUUUGAAGAACACAUCCGCACGAUCAGUGAUGUUGGACAGAGCUGAGAACCUGCUCCAUGACCACUAUGGAGGGAAAGAGUACUGGGAUACCCGGCGGAGCAUGGUGUUCGCCAAACACUUGCGGGUUGUCGGGGAUGAGUUCAGGAGCCGCCACCUCAACUCCACUAAUGAAGCCGACAAGAUCCCCUUCAUGGAGGACUGGACCAAGAUGAAGGUCAAAUUGGGUUCUUCACUGGGGGGUCCUUACCUUGCCGUGCAUCUGAGAAGGAAGGACUUCAUCUGGGGUCACAGAGAUGAUGUGCCCAGUCUGGAAGGUGCUGUGAAGAAGAUUCGCAGCCUCAUGAAGACUCACCACCUCGAAAAAGUAUUUGUAGCCACAGAUGCUGUGAGGAAAGACUAUGAAGAGCUGAAGAAACUCCUGCCCGAGAUGGUGCGGUACGAGCCCACAUGGGAGGAGCUGGAGCUCUACAAAGAUGGGGGCAUCGCCAUCAUCGACCAGUGGAUCUGCUCCCACGCCAGGGUUUUUAUUGGCACUUCAUUCUCAACCUUUUCCUUUCGGAUUCAUGAAGAAAGGGAGAUCCUGGGAUUGGAUCCCAAGACGACAUACAACAGAUUCUGUGGCGACCAAGAGAAAACAUGUGAACAGCCCACCCACUGGGAGAUUGUGUACUGA